AUUGCCGCUUCCCUUGGCCACUUGUAGCCAUGAAGCUCCUCUCGCUGAUUCUGGCCGGACUGCUGCUCUUGUCCCAGCUCACUCCAGGUGGCACCCUAAAAUGCUGGAAUCUUCAUGGCAAGUGCCGCCAGAAAUGCUUCAAGAAGGAAAAGGUCUAUGUUUACUGCACAAAUAAUAAACUGUGCUGUGUGAAGCCCAGGUACCAGCCAAAAAACUUACCAUGGCAAAUCCAAGUUCCUUGAAGCCUAAAGUUAUCAAAAGGCAGAUGAAGCUACCCCGAGUCUGACCUCAGUAGAUUCUUGAACUCUAUCAAUAAACAUC